AUGCCUCCCGAAGCCCAAAGCGAGGCAUUGGGCGAGGAUACCGUCCUUAAAGGAAAGGAGACACCGCCCCAGACCCCUUCACCAGGACAUGUGGCAUAUGCAACGACAACGAACAGCAUUCCGUUGGGAAACGACACAGACCUGGCCAGACAUGAGACUGCUCGCACAAGUCUAGGCCACGCGCCCAGCCUGACCAACACGGUUUCUCGGGUGCCUACCGCCACAGAGGUCGCAUCUUUCUCUCGCCUCCACGAAAUCCUCUUCGUCAUCGUCAUAACAUCCGCACAGCUCCUUACCCAGGCAGCCCUCGCUCAAUCGAUCGCGCCUCUGCACGUCAUUGGGCACACCUUUAACACCACCAACCCAGGCCAGCUCUCGUGGCUUCCAGCUGGGUACUCCCUGACCGUAGGCACGUUCAUCCUUCCUGCUGGCCGAUGGGGUGAUCUCUUUGGGCACAAGAAGCUCCUUGUGAUCGGCUAUUGCUGGUUCGCGGUCUGGUCUCUCGUGGCGGGCUUCAGCGCCUUUUCCCACUCCCUCAUCUUCUUCGCAUUCUGUCGUGCGAUGCAGGGAAUAGGGCCUGCCAUCAUGCUCCCCAACGGCAUUGCGGUGCUCAGCAGAACAUACCCGCCUGGACCGAGAAAGGAUAUGGUCCUGAGCUUGUUCGGAGCAGCGGCCCCGGGAGGAUACCUCGUCGGAGCCGUGUUCUCUGGCAUAUUCACGCAGUUUGUAUGGUGGCCCUGGGCAUACUGGGUGCUGGGCAUGGUAUGUGUGCUUAUGGCGUUCCUGGUCGUCUUUACCGUGCCAGACAUGCCGGUCGCUGGUGGAGUCGUGACGUUCCGAGAACUCGAUGUCACGGGGACACUGAUCGGCGUGGUAGGAUUGGUGCUGUUCAAUUUCGCAUGGAAUCAAGGCCCGACUGCGGGAUGGGCUCAGGUCGAUGUCUAUGUCUUGCUCAUCGUCGGUGUUCUCUUGCUGGCGUUAUUCUUCUGGUUUGAAAAGUACAGGGCUAGUUUUCCACUCGUGCCAAUGAGCUCGUUCACCCGCGAUACGCGACUGGUGUUUGCAUGCGAGGCGUUUGGCUGGGCAAGUUUUGGCAUCUGGGUCUUUUAUCUCUGGCAGUUUCUGGAAAUCCUGCGCGGACAGUCGAUUCUGCUCACAGCAUCUAUGAUCGUGCCGACCGCGAUAUCCGGUGCCAUCGCAUCCAUCACGACCGGCUUCGUCAUCAGCAAAAUCCAGCCAGGCUGGGUGCUGUUGAUUUCGAUGACGGCGUUCUGCGUCGGGAAUAUCUUGCUCGCGACGAUGCCAGUGCAUCAGACAUUCUGGGCGCAAACCUUUGUUGCGCUUAUCGUGACGCCGUGGGGCAUGGACAUGAGUUUCCCCAGCGGCGUGAUUGUGUUGUCAAAUCAUAUGCCGCCCGAACAUCAAGGAUUAGCCGCAAGCUUGAUCAACACCGUGGUGAAUUACUCGAUCAGUAUCGGUCUAGGCAUGGCAGGGACUGUGGAGACACACGUGAACCACGGCGGCACAGACGAAUUAAAAGGAUAUAGAGGGGCGUGGUAUCUUGGUAUAGGCCUGGACGGGUUGGGAAUUGUCUUGGCCAUCUGUCUGAUCUUUUCUUGGAGAGCAACAGAAAGGUCGAAGGAGAAGGCACUCAAGGAGAAGAAUGAGGCAUGA